AUGAACUUUCCGUCACCCAUGACGCCGGGUUCCACCCCCCAGUACGAUCGCGACUAUCGCGACUAUUCUGCUACCCCUUCGCCGCGACGAGACUGGACCUUCGACACCCCGACGACUCCAAUUCGCCCUGCCACGCGUGCCGCUCAUGGAAGGGCCGCCAGCUACUCGCAGCGGUCUCCCUUCCCGCCUCACCCGCAGCCACGCCCGCAGCCGCCCGUCUACAGUCCCCAACAAUGGGACUCGCCGCGCUACACCAGCGAUGGAGUCUACGCCGCCAGGGUUGAUGUUGAUGUGAGUCCCAAAUAUUUCUCGUCGUCGCGCCGACCUCCGGCUUCGUUCCACACCCCCCCGCGGGGUGAUCGCAGACACUCGUAUUCCCAUGUCCGGGCUUCCACUCCAUAUGGAGAAUCCGACGAGGACGAGAUUCUUGAAACGAUGGCCGGUACCUACGUUCUGCCAGCUCAGGCACGCUGCUGCACCGGCCAGCCUCGCGACAAACACCACGGAUAUCAUGACGGAGGGCGGUACACUAACGCGCAUGGUUAUCAGCAGACCCAGACUCCCCCCUACUACUACCCCAAUGGCUACGAUUACCCUGCCUAUGGCGCUGCUACACCCGGCCCUGAGCGCUUCACCCCUCGCGAGUCUCCUCAGACGCCGCGUUUCCAGACACGCCCCCCCACCAGCUUCAAUCACUCCCGCCAUGCCUCCAUGGCCACUCCCAAGCGCCCGUCCACUGCCCGUCCCCCAAGCUCCCACAAGCCCAAGCCUGACGAGCCUCCUGCUCCUCGCAAGGCUACCGAGGCUGACGCAAAGAAGCACAAAAUCCCUGCCGGCUAUGCCCUUAAAAAUUGGGACCCUGAGGAGAGGCCUAUUCUUCUGCUCGGCAGUGUCUUCGACUUCAACAGCCUAGGCAAGUGGAUUUUUGAUUGGACUGUCUACCGUGAAGGCCGUGGCGCUCCCAUCGCCGACAUUGCGGGUGAACUUUGGCUUCUUCUGAUCCAGCUCAACUCCAAAAUCAAGGUCUCAGAGAAUGUUGUUGGCAGUGUUCGCAACCCCGAAAGCCGCGAGUUGCUCGAUGAUUUCCUCGAGUCAGGUGAGCGCCUCAUGGAUAAACUGCGACUUCUCCUCAAGGCCUGCGAGGCUCCCAUGCUCAAGGCUGCCAAGAAGCGCCAGACUGGCUUGGGCAAGAGCUCUGGCACCGAAUUUGUCCAUACGCUCUUUGGCCCUGAUCGUGAAGGUGAGAAGACGGACAAGUUUAUGCAAAGCAUACGUCUCUUCAUCCUCCGCUUUGAUGCCAACUGUGAUGACAUUGUCCGGAACCCAAGCCGAUAA